AUGCUGCAGAAUGCAGAGGAUGCUGGGGCCUCAACCUUCAAGGUUCUGAUAGACCGUCGGCCCCGUGGCGAUCAAUCGUUGCUGACUCCUCAGAUGGCUGGUUUGCAAGGUCCUUGCCUUUGGUUUUACAAUGACGCGGUAUUUGAAGAAAAGGAUUUCCGAGCCCUGGUGAGUCUGGGGCAAGGAAGUAAAUCCGGAGAGGCAGGCAAGAUUGGGAGGCAUGGACUUGGCUUCAACGCCAUUUUCAAUGUCACGGAUGUUCCUUCAGUGCUGAGCCGGCAGUCAAUCCUUUUCCUGGACCCCCACGUGGAGCACUUGAAGAAGCUUGGUGCUACCGGUACUCAGCCCGGCAUUCGGCUCAACUUUGAAAAGAAGAACAUUAAGACUGCAUGGCCAGAUCAAUUUGCCCCGUAUGAGAUCGAAGGAUGCUGUCUCUCCAGUGGGAAUUUUGAGGGAACUCUGAUCCGCGCUCCCCUUCGGACAGCAUCAUCAAACAGCCAGAUCAAGGCAGAAUGUUUUGGGGAGGAAGAGAUUGCAAAGAUAAUCGAUCUCAUUUGCCAGAGUGGUCAUCUUUGGCUUCCUUUUUUGAGAAAUGUCAGAAAGAUUGAGGUUUACGACCUACAGGCGGGAGAAACCUUGUGCGUGCAUGAGCGAGAUUUGAAGCAAGAGGUUAUCUACAUGUGCGAAGGGCAGAUGGAGCAGUCGCUCUUGUCAAUCCGCAGCAGGUUCCUGGAUGGCGCACUGGACAAAUGCAGGACGUAUCAGCUUUCCAAUCAAGCCGAGGUGAGCGUGGCGCUGCCACUCUGUCCAGAGAGCGGGUCUGAGCCAGGUCGUGUGUUCAGCAGGUUGCCUCUGGAAAUGAAGUCCGGUCUGGCAGCUCAUGUUUCUGCGUUGUUCUGGACAUCUGCAGACAGAAGAACCAUUGUGCUUGACCUCCACAAAGACCUAGAAGGGUGGGCAGCACAGAACCACAAUCAUUUGAAGAACAUUGUGAGAUGCUUGGUAGCCUCAAUCGCAACAUGUGCGAAAGAGAAGAACCAGACCUUGUUGGAUUUCUUUCCGCACUCCGAGAAACCAAGCCCAGUAGCAGAGGUGCUUCAUGAUCUCUUCUACCAUGAAGUGGUGCAGGAAUGCCACAAAGGCCCCUCUCAAGUUCUGUUCACAGUUUCCGGAGAAGCUGUGUUAGCAUCAGAUGGUCGUGUUCUGUUGGUGAAGAAUGACUUGUGGCCACAGGCACUUAGAGAGCUGCGAGCACCUCUGGUCAAGGUGAGUGAAGAUGUCUUUCUGGGCCUUGUGAAGAAGGAUUCAAGCCUGUUUCGAGAGCUGACCCCGGCAAACUUGAGACAGUGGCUCAAACGUCUUGACCCCUCGCUUGAUCAUGUUUGCGAUGAACAGCUCUUGCAAUUUUGUUUGGAAGACAAACCGUCUCCUGCGGAUUUGGCAGGAUGCCCGCUGAUCUUGAAGCUGGAUGGUGGAGUGAGUCGCUUUCUUGGACAUGUAGAUGAGGGUUCACCACGCUUUCUGUGCUGUUCCAGCCCAGAAGAGUGGGAGCUGGCCCAACACUUUCCUCCAAGUUCCGUUGUGAAGUUUGUAUCCAGCGAAGCCUUGCAAGCUCAUCCGCAAAUCCUAAAGAUGGAUCUUCUCAGUGUCGCGACACUUGGCAGAGAAGCCUGCGGAGAGAACUUCUUUCAGUCUUUCUGGCCGUGGUUCAAUCUGUUCACAGCCAGAGACCCUUCUGCAAAGUUUGCAGAUCCACCUGUUCCAGAGCAUCCUCUUGACUGCCUUCACGUCCUAGAGGCAACAGAGCAUGGCCAGCGCAAAAUCUUCAAAUUGCUGGAACGAAAGAGAGCCUUGAGCUCUUCGUCAGAUGUGGCGCAGGAGCUUGAAAAUGGCUUGGAGGCUUGCAACGUUUUGCUGGUGUCUUCAACAGCACAUGCUGGUGCACAUGUUUGUCCAGGGGUGAAUCCAGAUUCUGUUGCGCGUGCUGUGCACUCUGCAAUCCACACGCAAAACUUGCAAAAUCCGUUCCAUGCAGGAAAUACUCCGUUAGGAAGCUGGCGGGCAGUCGCAGGGCAGCUGGCCCUUUCAGAACUGCCCGAAGCAGUCGAAGCCGCUGGAUUUUUGCCAGCUUUUCGACUUUGGAGCAGAAGUCAAGCAGUGCAUCCUCAAGUCAAAGAGAUGUUUCCUCGCAGUGCCAGCAAAGCUCUUCGUGAUGCUCUUCGCGCAGUUCAGCUAGACGUUUUGGACGAAGAAGAGCCGAGGCUGGUGGAGCUUCUGCAGAAAAUGGGUGUCAAAGACAUGCCUUUGAAGACAAUUGCUGAUAAGGCUUUGCGUCAAACCAAGGACCUGACCUUGAUUGUCCAGCUUGUCAAAGAAGGUUUAGGAGACAUUCUCAAAGGACACCAAGUGUUUCCAGCUCAUUCGCAGAUUUUGCUGAUCCCAGAGGAGUGCUUGCUGUGGGACAAGGAGCUUGAUUUUGAAGUGAUCCCACGUCGAAUGUGCAAAACGGCAGGAGAGCGUUUUCAAGGCUUGGAAGGGAAGCUGCUGGAAAUUGGCUGCCGCUGGGAGUUAGAUUUGCGAGACGUGCUGGACUUGGCUAGGAUCCUUUGGCUUCUGCAGCAUCUCAGCUGCAAUUGGAAAGUCGCUGAAGGCGGCAGGGUGCCAGUCAGCUUGGGACUUGACACGCGCCGAAGGUAUUCAGGCAAGGAGCUGGAGAGACGUGCAUGUGCCGGUGAAGCAAGCACUUUGGAUGAACACAUUUGCUUGACCAAAGUAAGCAGCCCCACCUUUGAUAUAGGCUUCGCCUUCGCUGCUUGCUACAAGAUGCUUUCAGCGCAAGUAGAAGGCAAAUUUGAGGGCAGAGCCAAGAGCAUUGAAGAGCAGUUGAGGCAUGUCUCCAAAAAAGACAAAGCGCUGCACGAAACCAAAGGUGGUCUGAAAGGUCUCGGGGCUGUCCUGACCAAGAUGCGCCACAGACAAUGCGACCUUGCUGUGUCUGAGAAAUUGAUCCAGCGUUUGGACCGACAUGCUCACAUGGUCGAGAUUUGUGCAUCCGCAGAGCUUCGUUCUUUGAAGUGGCUGCCCGUAUCACGUCCAAGCUCUUCCAUGAAGGAACUGAUGGCUGCAAACGGAGGAGUUUGGCAGCACAAUGCCAAACGUUUAGUUGGUCUGGUCAAACCGUUGGUCGAUUCGCAGGCGUCUGAGAAAUUGCUGAAUGCUCUCAGCGUUCCAGGAGACAACUGUGUUGAUGAUGCUGUUUUGCACCAGCAGUUGGCAGCCUGCAUCAGAAGCGAGGGCAACCAGGAGAGCAAGGUACAGAUGGUCACUCCAAUCUACCAGCGUUUGAAGAGCACUCCGUCAAUUGACAAGUGGGUCUGGACCACCUGCGGCUUUCAAUCUCUUGUGGAUAUCUCCAAAGAUCCUGAAGUGGAGGGGCUCACCCCAUGCCUUCAGCGUUUGAGGGAUGAAUGGCAUUCUCUCCCAAUCUUUGAGACUACAAACAAAAAGCUCACGCCUGAAAUGCUUUUCCGCUGCUUGGACAUGACUGAACAAAUGACAGGAGAAUCCAAACACAAAGUCCAGUUGGCUGCCAUCAACUUGCUCACUCGGCACAAAGCACUUGAUGGUUCUGAACCAAAACUAGCUGAUUUAGCUGGGAGUUGUGGUGCAGAAUUGCGAAUCAUCAGCAGAGGUGCCAAUUUGCUCCCAGUGUCAAGUGUUUUUUUCCAUGACAUGAAGUGGCAAAGUCAAACUGAGGGUUGCCCAGAAGACAUGGAAGAAAUCCAUGAAGAUAUCGCUGAGUCUGCUUAUGUGCGGUUCGGAGUGCGGAACCUUUCCGAAAUUCUGGCUGCGGAGUGUGGCUGUGGAGAGGGAGAUUGGCUGGAGAUCACAGGACAACAUGAGCCCCUCACAAGGAGAUUGAAGAACAUUCUGAAGGACUACCCUUGGCAAGCUCUUGUGAAGGAGAUGCUGCAGAAUGCAGAGGAUGCUGGGGCCUCAACCUUCAAGGUUCUGAUAGACCGUCGGCCCCGUGGCGAUCAAUCGUUGCUGACUCCUCAGAUGGCUGGUUUGCAAGGUCCUUGCCUGUGGUUUUUCAAUGACGCGGUAUUUGAAGAAAAGGACUUCCGAGCCCUGGUGAGUCUGGGGCAAGGAAGUAAAUCCGGCGAGGCAGGCAAGAUUGGGAGGCAUGGACUUGGCUUCAACGCCAUUUUCAAUGUCACGGAUGUUCCUUCAGUGCUGAGCCGGCAGCAGUCAAUCCUUUUCCUGGACCCCCACGUCGAGCACUUGAAGAAGCUUGGUGCUACCGGUACUCAGCCCGGCAUUCGGCUCAACUUUGAAAAGAAGAACAUUAAGACUGCAUGGCCAGAUCAAUUUGCCCCGUAUGAGAUCGAAGGAUGCUGUCUCUCCAGUGGGAAUUUUGAGGGAACUCUGAUCCGCGCUCCCCUUCGGACAGCAUCAUCAAACAGCCAGAUCAAGGCAGAAUGUUUUGGGGAGGAAGAGAUUGCAAAGAUAAUCAAUCUCAUUUGCCAGAGUGGUCAUCUUUGGCUUCCUUUUUUGAAAAAUGUCAGAAAGAUUGAGGUUUUCGACCUACAGGCGGGAGAAACCUUGUGCGUGCAUGAGCGAGAUUUGAAGCAAGAGCUUAUCUACAUGUGCGAAGGGCAGAUGGAGCAGUCGCUCUUGUCAAUCCACAGCAGGUUCCUGGAUGGCGCAGUGGACAAAUGCAGGACGUAUCAGCUUUCCAAUCAAGCCGAGGUGAGCGUGGCGCUGCCACUCUGUCCAGAGAGCGGGUCUGAGCCAGGUCGUGUGUUCAGCAGGUUGCCUCUGGAAAUGAAGUCCGGCCUGGCAGCUCAUGUUUCUGCGUUGUUCUGGACAUCUGCAGACAGAAGAACCAUUGUGCUUGACCUCCACAAAGACCUAGAAGGGUGGGCAGCACAGAACCACAAUCAUUUGAAGAACAUUGUGAUAUGCUUGGUAGCCUCAAUCGCAACAUGUGCGAAAGAGAAGAACCAGACCUUGUUGGAUUUCUUUCCGCACUCCGAGAAACCAAGCCCGGUAGCAGAGGUGCUUCAUGAUCUCUUCUACCAUGAAGUGGUGCAGGAAUGCCACAAAGGCCCCUCUCAAGUUCUGUUCACAGUUUCCGGAGAAGCUGUGUUAGCAUCAGAUGGUCGUAUUCUGUUGGUGAAGAAUGACUCGUGGCCACAGGCACUUAGAGAGCUGCGAGCACCUCUGGUCAAGGUGAGUGAAGAUGUCUUUCUGGGCCUUGUGAAGAAGGAUUCAAGCAUGUUUCGAGAGCUGACCCCGGCAAACUUGAGACAGUGGCUCAAACGUCUUGACCCCUCGCUUGAUCAUGUUUGCGAUGAACAGCUCUUGCAAUUUUGUUUGGAAGACAAACCGUCUCCUGCGGAUUUGGCAGGAUGCCCGCUGAUCUUGAAGCUGGAUGGUGGAGUGAGUCGCUUUCUUGGACAUAUAGAGAAGGGUUCACCACGCUUUCUGUGCUGUUCCAGCCCAGAAGAGUGGGAGCUGGCCCAACACUUUCCUCCAAGUUCCGUUGUGAAGUUUGUAUCCAGCGAAGCCUUGCAAGCUCAUCCGCAAAUCCUAAAGAUGGAUCUUCUCAGUGUCGCGACACUUGGCAGAGAAGCCUGCGGAGAGAACUUCGUUCAGUCUUUCUGGCCGUGGUUCAAUCUGUUCACAGCCAGAGACCCUUCUGCAAAGUUUGCAGAUCCACCUGUUCCAGAGCAUCCUCUUGACUGCCUUCACGUCCUAGAGGCAACAGAGCAUGGCCAGCGCAAAAUCUUCAAAUUGCUUGAACGAAAGAGGGCCUUGAGCUCUUCGUCAGAUGUGGCGCAGGAGCUUGAAAAUGGCUUGGAGGCUUGCAACGUUUUGCUGGUGUCUUCAACAGCACAUGCUGGUGCACAUGUUUGUCCGGGGGUGAAUCCAGAUUCUGUUGCGCGUGCUGUGCACUCUGCAAUCCACACGCAAAACUUGCAAAAUCCGUUCCAUGCAGGAAAUACUCCGUUAGGAAGCUGGCGGGCAGUCGCAGGGCAGCUGGCCCUUUCAGAACUGCCCGAAGCAGUCGAAGCCGCUGGAUUUUUGCCAGCUUUUCGACUUUGGAGCAGAAGUCAACCAAUCCAUCCUCAAGUCAAAGAGAUGUUUCCUCGCAGUGCCAGCAAAGCUCUUCGUGAUGCUCUUCGCGCAGUUCAGCUAGACGUUUUGGACGAAGAAGAGCCGAGGCUGGUGGAGCUUCUGCAGAAAAUGGGUGUCAAAGACAUGCCUUUGAAGACAACUGCUGAUAAGGCUUUGCGUCAAACCAAGGACCUGACCUUGAUUGUCCAGCUUGUCAAAGAAGGUUUAGGAGACAUUCUCAAAGGACACCAAGUGUUUCCAGCUCCUUCGCAGAUUUUGCUGACCCCAGAGGAGUGCUUGCUGUGGGACAAGGAGCUUGAUUUUGAAGUGAUCCCACGUCGAAUGUGCAAAACGGCAGGAGAGCGUUUUCAAGGCUUGGAAGGGAAGCUGCUGGAAAUUGGCUGCCGCUGGGAGUUAGAUUUGCGAGACGUGCUGGACUUGGCUAGGCAAGCCCAAGACACUCAGGACCUUGCUUUGCCUGAGAAAUUGAUCCAGCGUUUGGACCGACAUGCUCACAUGGUCGAGAUUUGUGCAUCCACAGAGCUUCGUUCUUUGAAGUGGCUGCCCGUAUCACGUCCAAACUCUUCCAUGAAGGAACUGAUGGCUGCAAACGGAAGAGUUUGGCAGCACAAUGCCAAACGUUUAGUUGGUCUGGUCAAACCGUUGGUCGAUUCGCAGGCGUCUGAGAAAUUGCUGAAUGCUCUCAGCGUUCCAGGAGACAACUGUGUUGAUGAUGCUGUUUUGCACCAGCAGUUGGCAGCCUGCAUCAGAAGCGAGGGCAACCAGGAGAGCAAGGUACAGAUGGUCACUCCAAUCUACCAGCGUUUGGAGAGCACUCCAGCAAUUGACAAGUGGGUUUGGACCACCUGCGGCUUUCAAUCCCUUGUGGAUAUCUCCAAAGAUCCUGAAGUGGAGAUGCUCACCCCAUGCCUUCAGCGUUUGAGGGAUGAGUGGCAUUCUCUCCGAAUCUUUGAGACUACAAACAAAAAACUCACGCCUGAAAUGCUUUUCCGCUGCUUGGACAUGACUGAACAAAUGACAGGAGAAUCCAAGCACAAAGUCCAGUUGGCUGCCAUCAACUUGCUCACUCGGCACAAAGCACUUGAUGGUUCUGAACCAAAACUAGCUGAUUUAGCUGGGAGUUGUGGUACAGAAUUGCGAAUCAUCAGCAGACGUGGCAAUUUGCUCCCAGUGUCAAGUGUUUUUUUCCAUGACAUGAAGUGGCAAAGUCAAACUGAGGGUUGCCCAGAAGACAUGGAAGAAAUCCAUGAAGAUAUCGCUGAGUCUGCUUAUCUGCGGUUCGGAGUGCGGAACCUUUCCGAAAUUCUGGCUGCGGAGUGUGGCUGUGGAGAGGGAGACUGGCUGGAGAUCACAGGUCAACAUGAGCCCCUCACAAGGCGAUUGAAGAACAUUCUGAAGGACUACCCUUGGCAAGCUCUUGUGAAGGAGAUGCUGCAGAAUGCAGAGGAUGCUGGGGCCUCAACCUUCAAGGUUCUGAUAGACCGUCGGCCCCGUGGCGAUCAAUCGUUGCUGACUCCUCAGAUGGCUGGUUUGCAAGGUCCUUGCCUUCGGUUUUACAAUGACGCGGUAUUUGAAGAAAAGGAUUUCCGAGCCCUGGUGAGUCUGGGGCAAGGAAGCAAGGCAAUGGAAAAGGGGAAGAUUGGACGUCAUGGUCUUGGCUUCAAUUCUAUCUUCAACAUUACGGAUUUGCCCUCCAUUCUGAGUGGCGAGUUUAUCCUCUUCCUGGAUCCCCAUGUGACGCAUCUGCAGAAGCUGGGGGCCAAUGCCUCAAAACCUGGCGUCAAGUUGAACUUUGCCAAGAAGGAUGUGAAGAGCUGCUGGCCAGACCAGUUCACCUCUUACGAGUUGGAAGGCUGCCGCCUCUCGGAUCGCAACUUCCAAGGGACGCUGAUCCGUGCGCCCUUGCGGCGCCAGCAGAGUGACAUCAGCAGCCAAUGCUUUGGAACUGAGGAUGUCCGAAAGUUGGUGGGCUGGAUAGAAGCAGAUGGCCAUGAUUGGCUGCUCUUUUUACGAAAAGUGGCGAAACUUGAAGUCAUUGACCUGUGCAGCAAUGAGGCCUGGAUCUUUUUUGCAGUUGCACAUUUGAUGCUUUUAGCCAAUGAAGCAACCAUCUCAACCAGGGACAUGUCUGACCGCAUGAUGACGCGCAAGUAUGAUGUGAAUCACCACGGAGAGAUCUCAGUUGCACUGCCGCAGGCACCUGAAAAAUCCUUCUUGGGUCGAAUCUUCAGCCGACUUCCGUUGGAAGUGUCUUCGGGUAUACCUGCUCACCUUUCAGCACUUUUCUGGACCAGCACAGACCGGAGAACUUUGGUGGUGGAUGCCGACAAAGAUCAAGGACAUUGGGCUGCUGAGAACCGAUCCUUAUUGCAGAAGGCGGUGAAAUGCCUCGUCUCCUUGUUGGCCAAAAAGGCUGCAGCUCAGAAGUCAGUGCCAUUGAGCUACUUUCCUUCUGAAACCAAACCGAGCCAGGCGGCAAAGCUUUUGCAUGAACUCUUUUAUCAAGAGCUUGCGCAGAGAAUCAAGACGUCAGACAGUGAGCAGGUGCUGUUUACCGUCGCUGGAAAGCCAGCAUACCUUCCCUUGGUCCUCUUGAGCCCGCAGCAAAAUCUACCAUCAGCUUUGCAGAAGCUCCAGGCUCCAGUGGUGGUCGUCAGCGAGGUCGUGAUGCAAGGCUUGCAAGGUGCAGAUCCAUCCAUCUUUCAGCGGCUGAGCCCGGCAUCCCUCAGGUCAUGGUUGCGACAGUUGCCGGUUGAACUUCACCAGUUUUGUGACUCGGAAACCUUGAUCUUCGCACUACGGGAUGGAGCACGCACGACGGAGAGAAGUAAGAGAGCUGAAGAUUUGGACGGAUGCCCAUUGGCGCUGACUGUAGAUGGGAAGGUGAGGUGCUUUUCAUCGACUGCCGAAGUUCGCUUCGUUUGUUGCAAAAACGGUGAUGACUGGGAUGUUGCUCGCCACUUUCCUGCGGAGCUGGUGCUGAAGUAUGUGCCCUCAGUGAGUGAAGUGCUCUUGGACCAUCCUCAGGUCCGACCGGUGGACCGGAGAGCAGUGGCUGAGGUCGGUGCUGCUGCUGUUGGGACCGAUUGGGCCACAUCCUUCUGGACUCGGUAUCGAAGGUACUGUGGAGACCUGAAACUGGGCCCUGAGGACCAUUUCUUUGAUGACUUGGAGGUCCUAUGGCACCAAGAAGCUGAUGGAUCCGUGACGUUGAAACCUCUGCGGGAGCGGAGGUGGGCACUUCAUUGCGAAGAUUUGGAUGCUCCGGUGGUGGACUGCCUCAGGGCUUGCAACGUCUUGCUGGUGUUGAAUUGUGAGCGCCCUCCAGUUGACAAUCCUGAUGCGCUGGCUCGUGCCUUGUCCUCAGCAUGGAAGAAUCAUGGUGAAUGCAUCAACACAGAAACCAGGUUCCUGGAUGAAGGGUGGCGUGAUCUGCUGGAGAUCCUGAUCAAAUCUAGAUUGCCAGAAGCCUCUGAAAUGGCAAGCGUUCUACCCCUUUUCAGAAACUGGCAGCAGAUUCUGGUCACACCUGACCUGCAGCUUUUUCCAGUGAGGGUCAGCUCAGCCUUUCGAACCGCUGUGAUGCCUCUUUCUUUGGACCUUUUGUCAGAAAUGGAUGGCGGCAUCGUCCAAUUCCUUUUCCGCCUGGGCGAAAUGGAGCCCGAAGAAGUGGCUCGCUUGGCACUUUGCCAAGAGACCUCAGUGACCUUCCUGGCCCAUGUCUUGCGGGAGAACCUGGGGGAGGUACUGCGAGAGAUGCCCGUGUUCCCCGUGAUGAAGGGAUGUUUGCCCUUGGAUCAGUGUCUACUGUGGGACGCAGAGCCGGACUUCGAGUUCCUCGAGAGGCGUCUGUCUCGCGAAGCCCAAGAGGCUUUCCAGGAGCACAGUGUGAAACUUAAGUCGCUGGGUUGCCGCGACUGUUUGGAUGCAACCGAUGCGGAGGAAAUUGCCCGGAUGGUGGUGCUGAAACAGGACCACCAGCUGUCCAAGAAAUUCCUGAAGAGGUUAACCACCUUGGAAGAUCUUUGUCAAAGCUCCGCGCUAGCAGAACUUCCAUGGCUGUUAGCCAAUGAUUUGACACAAGGCCCGGCAGGGCUGGUGGCACCACAGUCAGCUUGGCAUGCGGAGGUGAAGCACUUGGUGGGGUGGGUGAGGCCCAUUGCAGAAGGGCCCAAAAGCACCUUGAAGCUGCUGCGGGUGAAGGCUGAACAUGACCUCGAUGACAACGUCUUGACGGAACAGCUGCACGCUUUGAUGACACGAGCGAGUUCAACGAGUUCCCGCGUGGACAUGGCCGACUGUCAGCCGAUCUACAGGCGCCUGUCUCAAGCACCUGCCUCUGGAUCGUGGAUUUGGACUGAGCAUGGCUUUGCAACGUUCGAGGAUGUGUUCAAAGACAAGAGGGCCAACGCCUUGCAACCGUUUUUGCAUACCCUGCAGAAUGAUUGGGUAGACUACAAGAUCUUCACACACAUUCAGAAGCAGCUGGGAAUCCCAAAGCUCUUGCAAGUGCUGUCGACCUUGAAAACCAUGCAGCAACCAGGGGAGGAACUGCCAUCAUCCAUUGCGGGUACCAUGUGGCAAACCUUUUCGCAGUGGAUGAGUGCAGAUACUCGCGCGAAUCAGCAGCAGCGCUUGGAAGUUGCUUGCUUUGCCUUGAGGUAUUUGCAUCACGAGGUGCGGGAUGGCAUGGCGGAGUUUCUCCAGCAGCAUGGGCAACGCGUUUGGAUCCCGGCAUUCAAUGGGGUCUUGCACAUGGCCAAGCAGUUGUUCGUGCACGACAUGCCCUGGGCCCUGGAUCAAUCGCCAGAUGGCUUCCAUCGCGUGCACCGAGACGUACCCGAAGGUCACGCUCGCGAUUUUGGGGUGGAGCCAAGCAGUGUCUUGUUGCUGCGCGUCCUGAAGAAGGAUCCAGUUGGACUGGAGAGGGAUCCUGCCGGGGAUCGAGAUGCCCAACUUCUCAGAAGUUUCCGCAGCGCGCACCAGCAAAAUCCGGAGAAAUCCUUGGCAGCCGUGCUAGAGCUCUUUCUGCACAUGGCCGACUCGGCUGGAGCCAUGAGGGUUCGCUUCACCUUGGAUUGGAGGUUGCACAGUGACAAGUCGUUGCUGACCAAACAAAUGGCCAAAUUGCAAGGUCCGGCAAUUCACAUUGUCUUUGAUGCUCCUCUGAGCAAGAAGGAGUGGCAAGGCCUCCGUGAGUUGGAACCCAAAUGGGCGAAGCUCUUCGCUUUCUCCGACAUGGUGUCGGUAGUCAGCAAGGAUUGCGCCGUGUUCCUGGACCCGCUGAAAGGACACUUGCAAGACUUGUUGGAGUGUUCAGAUCGAUUCUGGCUCAGCUUAUCUUCGAAGGAUUUGCACAAGAAGUGGCCAGAUCAGUUCAGGCCUUUCGAAACAGGACUUCAGAACGUCUUUUCGGGAGAGACCAAAGCCACGGUGGUUCGGUUGCCAUUGCGAGACGCAGGUGGCACUCUCAUGGAAAAACAGAAGUUUCGGGACGAUCUCCAUCGGCAAAUCUUGCAGGUGACGUCCUAUCAAAACUGGCUUCUUUUCACGAAGAAAAAGUUGCGAAGGAUCUUGAUCCACGAGAUUUCGGAGAGGGAACCGGAAAAAGAUCCUACGUUCCAAGAUCUUUACACCAUUCUGGCGGAUGUUGAACGUGUUGGACCUACGCAGGAGACGUCAGCAGAAGAAUCCUCUGUCAUUGAGAAGCGAUCCUUGCAGGUGAAGCAGGGAGGUGAGGAGCCAUGCCAACAGCGACCCAGUCAGGCAGCGAAGGAGGAGAAGCCGACGAAGUGGUUAGUGGGCUGGCGGAAUUCCAUGGCAGUCGCAUGCCUCCGAGGCAGCGUGGAAAACUUCCAGCCAAGUGUGGGAACAGGAGCUCGUUUGGUCCCACAAUCUCCAGUGGUGUUUAGAGGUGCUCAUGUCUUUGGGAUGGAGCAAGUGCAAUUGGAGAGGAUAACCAUGGGCACGGCAUCCGAUCAAGACAUGAACACUCUGGCGAAUGUGGCGGUGGACCUCGUUCUGCACAUCUGGGCCGAUGAACAUCAAUUCUUUCGGCCCCUGCUGCCUCAACAGCUGCAGCAGUUGCAGGGGACACUAAGCCUUGCCAGGCGCUUCGCCGAUGCCCUGGUGGAUCGCUUCCAGAUUCAGGGCCGAAAGCUGCGGCAGUGCUUCUCCGCCCCGAAAGCCGAGCUGCUGUUGGCGCACGGAGACUUCCAGCGCUGGCUGGCAGAUGCACUGCAGGUGGUGGUGCUUCCGAAGGAGUUGGCAGAACUCUUUGCGCAGGAUGCAAGCUUGAAUAUUCGACCACCAGCGGUCACGCAUGUCUUGCAGGGCUUUGGUGGACUCCCGGUAAAGCAUGCGAAAAUUGCGUGUAAAUGGCUCUUCGAAGGUUUCCCGGACGCCAAGCAGGUCUUGGCCCAGGGCUUCCGCGGAUCCGUGCAUCUUCUGCAACGUGAAGAUGGCAGCUAUGGCAACUUUGAGGGCUGGACCUGGUUCAUCCAGGGAGACUCGGACUCGGAAGCAGCAGCCUGGCGUCAACUGAUUGCGCACUCCAAGCCCUCCAAGAAGGUCAUCAUGCCGAGUGACGUGGCCAAGAAGCACUUCGACCAAUCCUUGGGCGUCUUGAAGCCCGAGAAGAUUGCCCACGUGGCCCUGAGCCCUUCAGAUGUGAACGCACCCCACUUCUGGCGCCUGCUGAAUCUGGGAGUCUAUCAAGGACAGGAGAAUGACUUGUCAAAGCUGUGUGGCAAGUUGAAAGUCAGAGCAAGCCGUUUGAAUCAGAGCAUUCACGUGAACUUUGACGAGCACUGUGUCCUCAUAGGUGGCAGCAAACUGAAAGCCGAAGAUGCGCUGGUGGCCAUCGGCUGCCAGCUGGCUGUAGAUCCGGUCCCAUCGCCCUUCGCUGGCAGCAAGCCACUGGACGUGGCCAAGCAUGUGCAGUGGCUCAGAUCUAGACAGUUGCUGCAAGUGGAAGCUGCGCUUGAUGGACACAAGGAGAAGCUGUGCCAAGUCUACUUGGAGGAGUCGAUGGACCUGGAAGUAUUGAGGAUUUUCGUGGAGCUGCCCAUCGUCAAGGGCAGCGGAUCCCAUAUGGCCUUGAGCCAAUUCUGCAUUGUCAGAUGUCCUCAGUUGGCUAUGGCCGCCCGAAGUUCAGGUCUACAGGUGCUUCACUCUGAUGAUGCACGAAGCAAAGCGUUGAAGAAGGCGAAACCACAAGCGGAGGUGCAGCCGGAUGAGUUGCUGCAGCAGCACUUGGAUCACUUCCGGCGCAGCCCUGGCAAUCAAGGGAUCCUCCUGGCUGCCUUGGCUGCAUGUGACGACGCCCAUCAAAUCCAGAUCAUCAUGCAGCUUCCCCUUCUUCCGAACGGACAGACCAUGGAGUCCCUUUGGAGACGAACAGAUCCUUUGGCCAAACGCCUGGGUGUUUUUGAUGAACAUCUUACAGACUUCGUUUAUAAUGCGAUGAAGAUAGGGGAGGAGGUGAAGAAGCGCUUCAAGUCUACUCUGAUGGCAUCGCAGCUGCUGGAGUUGCUGCAGCAGUUCAGGCCCAAGAAGAUUUUGCAGGGCACAGCGCGUGAGAACUUCACAGGUCAGCUACUGAACACCCUCUCGAAGAUGGAGCCAAAUGAGUUGAAGAAACUGGCGGCUCCCUCGCCCUUUGUGGAGCUGUCCGUGUUCUUCUUGAAAGGAGAUUGGCGCAGAAGCAGCGAAAUCUUCUUGCCGCAGUUUCAAGGGAUUCUAUACUACACUGAAGCCCCGGUCUUGCAGCAGCUUCCCGAUGAUCGGCUCAAGUUCCUCUUUGCCAAGCGGCCACCGUUGAAGCUGGUGGUUCAGCACCUUCAAAAGAUGUCUGAAGGAUACUCCAACGACAAAGUUCCAGGGCAAGAUCGACCAGAGUUCCUCAGGACAUAUGAGUUCUUGGACCAGCACAUCUCAGAUGACAUCUCUGCCUUGGAACCGUUGAAGACGGUGAAAUGUAUUCUGGACCGCCAGGGUACUUUGCGGCUGGCGCGGCAUUUCAGCCUUCGUUUGCUGAUGGAUAUGGGGCCGGUGCACGCAGUGGCGGAUGACGUGAAGCCGUUCGAACGAUUCUUGACGGAGCUGGGUACUCGCCAAUCCGUUUCAGACCAUCCGUUGCCGGAGCCCUUUGUGCCCGACAAGAUUAUGCAGGAGAUGGUGAAGGAGCAGAACUUGGUAGAUCUAAUCCUGGAGGGCACUGAUGGCAGCGUGCUGGCGCACCGUGUGGUGUGCUGCACGGUGUGCCCCAAACUCUUCAAGAACCUGGUGCCAUGUGAAGAUCGGCCGAAUUUCUGGCGCUUGAAGGACAAGGCUCGAUGUUCACUGCAGACGCUGAACGUCAUGAAAGAAAUUAUCUACUCUGGUCGCGUCGAGAGUGAUCGUCUGGAUCAGAUGGGCCCGGCGCAGCACAAGGAAUGUCUGAGUAUUGCCGCCUGGUUUGGCAUGGCCUAUGCGCACGAAUGGCUGAAGCAGUACCUCCACGGAGCGCAGCCGGAAGAGUUGGCAAGUGUCCCUGCGAGCAUUUCCAUGCCCAAGCAUUGGAAACAACAGCAAAUGCCAGCACAGGGAUGGCGCUUGGAGAGUGUAAAAUCUGAUAUUUUUCGAAAGUUGCAGGGCGUCCUGAACCCAGAGGAUGCCAGGCAUCUUGGACGCGGUCGAGACUGCCAGGGAAGCGAUCCCUACAACAAAUUGCAGUUGCGAAGGGCUUGGCGCAUUGAGAACUUUACCUUUGGAAGAAAUUUCAGCACGAAUCAUCAAACCUCAAAGAGCUCAAGAAGAAUCGGAUGUCCUCAAUGCCCAAGGUCACAAUUCGGGAAGAACUGGCGCAAGCCACGCAGCAGCUGCCUCUCCCGGUCAGCAAAGAAAUCAACGAAGGUUUCUUGUUGCACGGCACCAAGCCGGACACUGUGAAGAAGAUCUUAUCCGACGGCUUGAACGAGCGCUUUUCGGGUGGACUCUUUGGGCACGGCUCCUACUUGGCAGAGGAUCCAGCAAAGAGCGAUCAAUAUGCCACCCCAGAUGCUGGGUGUAGAGCGCUUGCUGGCCAUGCCGAGGGCUGCGAAGGAGAUGUGUGUUACAUGUUCCUCUGCAGGACGGUGCUAGGAUGGUUCGUACAGACGAUGGAUGGAGAGACGAGUCUGCAAAAUGGCAGGAGCAUUUGGUCCACGAAUGACAAGCGGGAAUUCAGCACAAUUCCUGGGAUGGAUUCGCCCUAUCACUCGUUACAGGUCGAGAUUGGAGGGAGAGUUCAUCGACAUCGUGAGUACAUCCUGACGCACAGUGACCGAAUCUAUCCAGAGUAUCUGCUUGCAUACAGCAGACAGAACCGUUAGAACCGCUGACAAGCAGCUGAAUCUUUGGAUGCCUAGGAUGGGUCAGAUAGCAUGUGCGGAUGAAAUUAGAUGCAGUUUAGAUUGAGAUUUAGAUGGUCGAAUGCCGCUGCCGGCCAGCACCACUCCAUACCUCCGAUGGUUC